UCCCAAAGUGCAAUUUUUCACAACAAUAUUUAAACGAAACAGGUGAAUAGCCUGCUUUACCAUGCUUGACGUACAAAUCAGGAUUCUUUUUAAAAUGCGCAUUUCUUAUUUUUCUCAGUGAGGACCGAGGUAGCUCGCCGCAGCUGCAUGUCCGAUGAAAAUGAUUUCGCGACGAAAAACGUUUUUUCUGUAUCUGUGGUUGGCAGUGGGAUCUGCAAUGGGAUAUUCCAACAAACCGGAUAACCAAGGUGUAGAAUUCUACGUGGCAUUUGGUGAAAACAAUCCUAACAGUCUGAGUCUUGAACUUUUCAUUACCACAAGUUUGAACCAAACCAUCACAGUGAAUGUGACAGCACCUUUGGCCAGCUCCGUUUACGCCGGGGAAACGGUAACAGUCUCAAAAGGUCAAGUCCGCAUAGUCCAGAUUCCUAAAGAUAUAAGGAUGACUGGAAGCAGUGUCCAGUCCAGAGGCAUAUACAUCACGGCAUCGGACGAGAUCAUAGUGUAUGCGGUCAACAAAGAGCACUACAGCUCGGACUCAUUUUUGGUGAUUCCGGCGGACGUGUUAGGAACGGAUUACUUCGUGCCAGCUUGGCCCAGGAAUACCGCAGUCUCUGGAAGGCAGGAACCAGCACAAAUAGGAGUGGUAGCAACGGAGAACAGUACAAGUGUAAACUUCACCAUGCCAAGUCAUUCUUUCUCUUGUUCGUACAAUGGACAGACCUAUAGCAGUGGCGAUUCCUUAACCGUCUCGCUAGACCGAUGUCAGACGUUUCAACUUCAGUGCGACGAGGACCUAACUGGGGCACGAGUCACAUCUGAUAAACCCAUUGGGAUAGUUUCUGGUAAUAAAAGGACAGAGCUUCUAAGUACAAGCUCUUCCAGAUCGUCAGACCAUAUAGAAGAGAUGAUUCCCUCCGUCCCGACGCUUGGGAGGCGCUUUCUCACUGCACCCCUGUCAGAAAGGUCCGCGGGCGAUGUGUUUCGAAUAAUUGGCACUGUACAAGGAACCACAUUGACAGUACAGGGCACGACAAGUGGAAACAACACGUACACCUUGAACGCUGGCGAAUUCCAACAGCUACUCGUCUCGUCUAACGACUACCUGUACAUUGAGGCCACCAAAGCAGUCCUUGUUGUACAAUAUUCAAAGUCUGCCAGUGCAGACAGUGCUCAAACCGACCCAUUCAUGAUGCUGCUUCCUCCACUUGAACAAUUCGACUCCUACUACACUCUGGCAACCGUAGAGGGCGUAUCAGCUGCUUUUAGAAACUAUAUUAACGUUAUAAUUAAGAUGGACCAAUUAUCAGGGCUGUACCUUGAUGGGGCACCUGUAGCACCAGGAGAUGUAGCCACAAAUUGGACGCAGAUAUCUAAUACGCAGUACGCAGCAGUCAUAUUGUCAGUUUCUCCUGGAACUCAUACGCUAUACCACCAGUCACCAAUUGAGGUUUUUUCCGCAUUCGCCUAUGGUCACGUGCAGUACGAAUCUUACGGAUAUCCCGGUGGAUGUCGGUUGGCGCCUAUAGGGGAUUACUGUAGUUUGACAACCUCAGUCGCGGGAGAUGGGUUGGACAAUGACUGUGAUGGUUUUCUCGAUGAAGAACUCCUGAAUAGCAUAGAUGACGAUGGUGAUGGUCUUGUUGAUGAAGAUGUGGCCUUCGCUUCCAAUCCAGAUCAGGCGAGUUUUGUGGCCGCGGCGGAUGCCCAAACAACUUCUACUACCACUACUACAUCUACUGCCGUUAUUCCUACCACUUCUUCCACGCAUGUUGCGGUAACGACAAGUACAGAAAGUUCAUUGCUGGCAGGAAAUUCUGCUGCUCGGAAUGGAAGAGAUCUUACGACGACAGAAAUUAUUAGUAUCAGUGUUGGAAGCGUAGUUGCUGCAGCAUUGGUUGCCGGAUGUUUGUCACUCUUCAUUUUCGGCAAAUACCGUCGAUAUAAGCGCAAAAAAGAAGAAGAAGAAGAAAAAGCAAAACUAGCAAAGAAUACGUCGGAGACAAGUUUAAGAUCAAACAGAGUCAGCCCAGAACCACAAUCAGGGAAGAAUUCCCGCUUAAGCACCAGUGAUAUUGAUGUUGGAGUUCCAGAAUCACCGGGAAACUCUCCUCGGGAUGGACCCUUCCUAUCCUUACCCCCUGCCUUCCCGGGUAAGGCUUGGAGCACUGGCUACGCACGCGUUGGUGAGCCUACACAUAUUAAAGGCCAUGAAACGCCGGACAAGAAGAGUAAGUCUAUGGUACCGGGACAAAAACGGCCGGCUGUCAACCCAAAUCUUAACAUCAUUGAUUUCUAAGCUGACGAAUGGAACUCGUUGUAUUUGUAUGCAGUUAUUGAGACACCGGGAAAUCUUCACAGUUUGCACCAUUCAUUACACGUGUGUGACGACUGUGUCAGUUUUUGUUGCAAAAAUUACUAAAGAAAAAGAAAAAAGGCAUUUAGAUUAAAUGUCAGUUAUAUGGCGAUGUCCUCUAUGUAAAUAUUGAUGUAAAUAUCAAGAGGUCCGCAACGAAGUAGCUGCAUGUUACGGAUACGAUUUGAUUACACUUUA